AUGGCUCUGGCCCACCGCAUUGCCCUGCGCUCUUUGCGUCAGGGCGUAACGUCGUGUGCGAAACCCUCUCGUUCAAUUUCCUCAGUAUCGAGGCUUCUAUCUACACCGGUUUCCUCUCCCCAAAGUGCUUUGAAAAGUAGCCAGGGAUGGAAGUCCAUUCAACAAGCCCGUACUUUUUCUUCAUCGAUAAAGUUGCGGGAGUCGCAACAGGCCCCCUCGGCCCAGGCAUACCUUGCUUCAGGAGCAAUUGCUGGAAGUAACAACCUAGUAGAUGUUACUAAGGUUCUCGUUAUUGGAAGUGGUGGUUUGAGUAUUGGACAGGCCGGAGAAUUCGAUUACUCUGGUUCUCAAGCACUUAAGGCUUUGAAAGAGGCGGGAAAGAAGUCUAUCCUUAUUAACCCUAAUAUUGCAACCAUCCAGACAUCGCAUAUUCUUGCCGAUGAAGUCUACUAUCUUCCCGUCACCCCCGAAUAUAUCUCCGACGUCAUUGAGCGGGAAAGGCCCGAUGGUAUCCUUCUCACUUUCGGUGGUCAGACUGCGCUUAAUGUUGGUGUCAAGAUGGAGAAGAUGGGUGUCUUUGAGCGCAUGGGUGUCAAGGUUUUGGGAACUCCAAUUAAGACUUUGGAGACUAGUGAGGAUCGAGACCUGUUUUCCAAGGCUUUGAAUGAAAUCGAUAUUCCCAUUGCCGAAUCUAUUGCGGUAGAAAGCGUCGAUGCCGCUUUGGAGGCUGCUGAACAAAUUGGAUACCCCAUCAUUGUCCGUUCUGCGUACGCUCUCGGAGGUCUUGGUUCUGGUUUUGCCAACAACAAGGAAGAGCUCCACGACCUUUCUGCCCGUUCACUCUCUCUUUCCCCCCAGAUCCUUGUUGAAAAGUCCCUUAAGGGCUGGAAGGAAGUUGAGUACGAAGUCGUCCGUGAUGCAUCCAACAACUGUAUCACUGUGUGCAAUAUGGAGAACUUUGAUCCUCUUGGUAUCCACACUGGUGACUCCAUUGUCGUCGCGCCUUCUCAGACAUUGAGUGAUGAGGAGUACCACAUGUUGCGUUCUGCUGCUAUCAAGAUUGUCAGGCAUUUGGGUGUCGUUGGAGAGUGUAACGUUCAGUACGCUCUUCAGCCCGAUGGUCUGGAUUACAGGGUUAUUGAGGUCAACGCUCGUCUCUCCCGAUCAUCUGCUUUGGCUUCCAAGGCUACUGGUUACCCUCUUGCCUACACCGCUGCUAAGAUCGCUCUUGGACACACCCUUCCGGAGUUGCCAAAUGCUGUGACAAAGACUACCACCGCCAACUUCGAGCCUUCUCUCGACUACGUUGUCACAAAGAUUCCUCGAUGGGAUCUGAGCAAGUUUGCCCACGUAAAGAGGGACAUUGGUUCUUCUAUGAAGUCUGUCGGUGAGGUUAUGGCUAUUGGACGUACCUUUGAGGAAUCCAUCCAGAAGGCUAUCCGCCAGGUUGACCCCCAGUACCUUGGUUUCCAGGGAGCAGAGUUCGAGGACCUUGAUGACACACUCCGCAACCCAACUGAUCGUAGAUGGCUUGCCGUUGGUCAAGCCAUGCUUCACGAGGGCUACUCCGUGGACAAGCUCCAUGAGAUGACUAAGAUCGAUAAGUGGUUCUUGUACAAGCUCGAGAACAUCGUGGAGAAGUACAAGGAACUCGAGCAAGUUGGAUCGUUGUUUGGCAUCACGAGAGAUCUUAUGAGCUCAGCCAAGAAGAUGGGAUUCUCAGACAAGCAGAUUGCUAAGUGUGUUGGCUCUACGGAGGAUGAGGUCAGAUCUCGCAGGAAGAGAUUCGGAAUCACUCCUUUCGUGAAGAAGAUCGACACCCUUGCCGCUGAGUUCCCAGCUGACACCAAUUAUCUCUAUACUACCUACAACGCCUCUUCUCACGAUGUUAAGUUCGAUGAGCAUGGUAUUGUUAUUUUGGGGUCUGGUGUGUACAGAAUUGGUUCUUCCGUAGAGUUCGAUUGGUGUGCCGUGUCUUGCACUGUUGCCCUCCGCGAGAUGGGCAAGAAAACCAUCAUGAUCAACUAUAACCCUGAGACAUACUCCACCGAUUUCGACACUGCUGAUAAACUCUACUUCGAGGAGUUGAGUUACGAGAGAGUUAUGGACAUUUACGAGCUCGAGCAGGCUGCUGGUGUUGUUGUUUCUGUCGGCGGUCAGCUUCCUCAAAACAUUGCGCUCAAGCUCCAGAACAACAAUGCCAAGGUUCUCGGGACUAACCCAGAGGACAUUGAUAAGGCUGAGGACCGUCACAAGUUCUCUCAGAUCCUUGACAGCAUUGGUGUUGACCAGCCAGCAUGGAAGGAAUUGACUAACGUUGACGCUGCUCGUGAGUUCGCUGACAGCGUUGGAUACCCCGUCCUUGUCAGGCCCAGUUACGUCCUUUCUGGUGCGGCCAUGAGUGUCAUCCGCACCGAGGAAGAGCUCGAGCAGAAGCUUCUCAAUGCCGCCAACGUCAGCCCAGACCACCCAGUUGUCAUUACCAAGUUUAUCGAGGGUGCCAUGGAGAUUGAUGUUGACGCUGUUGCAUCUGGCGGAAAAUUGAUUAUCCACGCCGUCUCUGAGCACGUCGAGCCUGCUGGUGUCCACUCCGGUGAUGCCACCCUCGUCCUUCCUCCAGUUACUCUCGAGAAGGAAGUUAUGGACCGUGUUAAGGAGAUCGCCGAGAAGGUUGCCAAGGCAUGGAGUAUCAACGGACCCUUCAACAUGCAGAUUAUCAAGGCCCAGGAGGGUGACAAGGUCGCACUUAAGGUUAUUGAGUGCAACCUUCGUGCUUCCCGUUCGUUCCCCUUCGUCUCCAAGGUCCUUGGAACCAACUUCAUCGAUGUUGCCACCAAGGCACUUAUCGGAAAGGACGUUCCUGAGCCCACUGAUCUUAUGGCCAUCAAACGUGAUUACACCGCUACCAAGGUUCCUCAGUUCUCAUGGACCCGUCUUGCUGGUGCAGACCCCUUCCUUGGUGUCGAGAUGGCUUCAACUGGUGAACUUGCUUGUUUCGGAAAGGACCUCAUCGAGUCAUACUGGGCUUCCAUGCAGUCUUCCAUGAACUUCACUGUUCCUCAGCCUGGCAGUGGUCUCCUCUUCGGUGGUAACCCCGAGAAGCCUGAGUUGGCCAAGAUCGUCUCCCUCCUGGCUCCUAUGGGAUACAAACUGUACGCUGUCUCCAAGGAGAUCAAGAAGCACCUUGAGCAUAGUGCCGAGGGCAUCAAGGUCGAUCUCAUUGAGUUCCCCAAGACCGAUAAGAGGAAGUUGAGGGAGGUAUUCCAGAAGUACGACAUUUCCGGUGUCUUCAACCUUGCCAACGACCGGGCCAAGACUUUGUUGGACGAGGACUACGUAAUGAGGAGGAAUGCUGUUGACUUCAACGUGCCUUUGUUUAUGGAACCUAAGACUGCUCUUUUGUUUGCUCGUUGCAUGAAAGAGAAGCUGCCAUUGACUGGAGAGGUUCCUGGUGAGGUCAGGAGGUGGAGUGAAUGGAUUGGAGGAAAGCCAUUGUAG